UUCGUUCUGUCCUCGUUUUUGCCUCCCGCUAAGGUUUGGCCUUAAAUAUCUUCUCCGUCGUCUCUCUCUCUUUCUUUGCCGGCACUACGUGGACAGUUAACGCGCAGCUGAUGAGCAUCUUUCUUUUAAUCUAAGGGACGGAAGCAUUUGAGCUAACGCGAGAUCAGCGUUACCACAGCAACAGAUUCACUGCUUCUGUUUACGUGCGACGGAGUAAAUCAAGAAAGGCCAUCCUGAGGAGCAUUUCAGAUUGCUGAAAUUGAGAGAUUAACCACGGGUCUGGCACCAAAAAAAGGUUCAGCACUCCACAAACAUAAUAAUCUGCACACUAGCACAUGUCAGACAUUUGCAGAAAGAUAUGAAAAAGGAAAGAACUCACCACUGCUCAGAAUGUGGGUUGAGUUUUUUUCAACAGAGAAGUCUCCAGCGACACCAGCGUGUUCACACAGGAGAGAAACCAUUUUGCUGCUCAGAGUGUGGAAAGGGUUUAACUACACAGAGCGCUCUAAAGGAACACCAGCGUAUUCACACAGGAGAGAAGCCGUAUCUCUGCACAGACUGUGGAAAAAGUUUCACUCAACAGGGUGUUCUCCAACAACAUCAGCGCAUUCACAGAGGAGAAAAGCCAUAUCGCUGCUCAGAGUGCGGAAAGAGUUUUACUACACAGAGCGCUCUAAAGGAACACCAGCGUAUUCACACAGGAGAGAAGCCGUAUCUCUGCACAGACUGUGGAAAAAGUUUCACUCAACAGGGUGUUCUCCAACAACAUCAGCGCAUUCACAGAGGAGAGAAGCCAUAUCACUGCUCAGAGUGUGGAAAGAGUUUCACUCAGCAGAGUCAUCUCCGUGCACACCAGCGCAUUCACACAGGAGAGAAGCCAUAUCACUGCUCAGUGUGUGGGAGUAGUUUUACUGUAUCAAGUGCUCUCCAGAAACACCAGCGCAUUCACACAGGAGAGAAGCCAUAUGUCUGCUCAGAGUGUGGAAAGAGCUUUACUAUAUAUAAUAAUCUCCAACAACAUCAGCGCAUUCACACAGGAGAAAAACCACAUCGCUGCUCAGUAUGUGGAAAGAGUUUCACUCAGCAGAGUAAUCUCCAACAUCACCAGCGCAUUCACACAGGAGAGAAGCCAUAUCGCUGCUCAGAGUGUGGGAAGAGUUUCACUCACCAGAGUAGUCUCCAUACACACCAGCGCCUUCACACUGGAGAGAAGCCAUAUCACUGCUCAGUGUGUGGAAAGAGUUUCGCUCAUCAGAGUAAUCUCCGUACACACCAGCGCAUUCACACAGGAGAGAAGCCAUAUCACUGCUCAGUUUGUGGGAGUACUUUUACUUUACUGAGGGCUCUUCAAAAACACCAGCGUAUUCACACAGGAGAGAAGCCAUAUGUCUGCUCAGAAUGUGGAAAAAGCUUUACUCAUCUGUAUCGUUUCCAACGACACCAGCACAUUCAUGCAAAGAAGACAUAUAUCUGCUCAGACUGUGGAAAGAUUUUUACUCUACUGUGUAAUCUCCGUACACACCAGCGCAUUCACACAGGAGAGAAGCCGUAUCUCUGCACAGAGUGUGGAAAGAGUUUUACUAUACAGAGUAAUCUCAAACAACAUCAGCUCAUUCACACAGGAGAGAAGCCAUAUCACUGCUCAGUGUGUGGGAAGAGUUUCACUCGCCAGAAUAGUCUCCAACGACAUCAGCGCAUUCACACAGGAGAGAAGCUACAUCACUGCUUAGUGUGUGGGAAGAGUUUUAUUCAACAGAGCAGUCUCCAGUAUCAUCAGCGCAUUCACACAGGAGAGUAG